AUGGGCUCCUCCAAAGCGUCCUCACCGCUUUGUGCGCAGCCGCCAACAAUUCCGACGAUAGCGACAUCAAACGGCAUCGUUAUUGAUCCGUCCAGAGUCAAGUGGCUAGAUAUCUUGAGGUCAAUCAAGACUCUUGCUGACAAACAUCCUUCACAAAACUUGCUGCUAGUAACACAUGGGGAAGGAGUUGGAUCAGCUGUUUCCGGAUGUUUGCCAGAUUUUAUGAUAUCUGAAGUCGACUAUUGUGCGGAUUCAGUGCUUUGGGUGAAAAUCAGUCGUUUACCGUCUUGGGUUCACCCAAAGGCCUUUCUGGUAUUGUAUUGCAAAAAGUACCCGAGAAUCCUUCUCGAAGCUCCAUUUAAAGCGAGCCACACCCACUAG